AUGGACUCCACAUCUUUGUUACCAACAUUUUAUGUGGAUCUGACAAUAUCACAUAUAGAAUGUCUUCCCAAGGGCAUUCUGGUGAAAUUUCAAGGCAGAAAUAAUAUUGAAUGUGAGUUUGACUACCACAUAUUGCAGAGGGAAAUACAGCAUAUUCCAAAAGUAAAAAAUAAUGUGGACAUUGAUAGAUUUUGUUUGGUAGAAGAAAGAGUAUCAGGGGAAUGGCAGAGAGGAAGAGUUUUGGAAAAGAAAAGUGAACUCUAUACUGUGCUUCUCAUAGAUCAUGGAGAAGAACUAAGAGUUAACAGUAUACAGGUUGCUUCAGGCUGUGACAACUUAUUUGAGUUGCCACCACGGGUAACAUUUGGCAUUUUUGCCAACAUACUACCAACUGGGGAAAGAUGGUCUCCUAAGGCUUAAUUCAAGUCAUUAGUAGGACUGCAGGUGAAAGGUUGUGUACAAGCUAUUUUGCCUCUUCAAAUGGUUCUUCUUGAAGUGCCAAAAAUCAUAUCCCAGGUUCUUGAAUUACAAUUAGGGAGACUUAUUGAUGGGGAUUCAUUUUGUCUUAUUGUAGAAAUGGUAAAAGAAUUCCCUAAACAAAUGCCAGAUUCAUUACAACAUGAAAGCCCUGAAUUAUUAAGUAAUAAUGAUACUUUACUUAAUAUUCAACAUGUUCUAGAUAAUUUGCAAGCAUCUUUGUCAGUAGGCAGUAUUGAAAGUGUAAAAGUAUCAUCUGCAUUGAGCCCGUGUAAAUUUUAUUGCCAGUUAAUUAAAUGGAUUCCAGAAUUAGAAAACUUGACAGUUUGUAUGACUUUGCAUUAUGAUAUUAGUAGUCAAAGUAGUCCCACAUGUGAUAAUUUUGGACAACUCUUUGUUGCCAAAAGGAGAAAUGGACAGUGGCAUAGAGGAAUUCUUCAGCAGCUCUUGCCCAAUAAUCAAGUGAAAAUUUGAUUUAUGGAUUAUGGCAGUAGUGAGGCUAUAUAGCCUCAUGUAAAGAAACUUAAACAAUAUUUUAUUUUAGUACCAUUAUUUUCAUUUCCAUGUUCUCUGACGUAUUUACACAGUCCAGACAGAGAGGCAAGAAAAUUUCAACUGAGUAUAUUUAAACAAGCCUUGUUAGGACAAAUAGUAUAUGCACACCUUGAUUGGCUCAAUAAGGAUGAGCAUUUAUAUUAUGUAACAUUACAAACUCAAGAGUCUACACUUAAUUCUAAGUGUGUGCUGAAGACUGUAGGCACACAGGUACUUUGUCCAGUGUCUGAUUCAAAAAUCUGUAAUAUGUUGAGGGAAACUAGUGCUUCUGAUGUAAACAGCUUUGCAGUUGAGAGUUUUAUUGGAAAUAAUGAACAGUCGAUAGAUCUCAAUAAAAAAGACCCUUUGAAAGUAGAUUUUCCUAUUAAAACUGUAGAAAUGGAAGAGUCUGCCUACAUAGCUUAUGUGAUGUAUGUAUUAAACCCAUCAGAUUUCUGGAUAUGUACUAAUGAACAUCAGAGUGAAUUUCAAGAUAUGAUGAAAAAUAAAUUUUAUGAUUUAUGUGUAAAUGAUGAACUGAUUCUAAGAAAUCCAGAACCUGGAUUCUUCUGUUGUGCUAGAUACAGCAAGGACAAACAUUCUUAUAGAGCUGUCAUCACUGAAAUUAAUGAGUAUAAAAUUAAUGUUUAUUUUUUAGAUUAUGGAAAUAAUGAUUCCAUACCAUUUUUUGAUGUAAAAAUUUUGCUUCCAGAGUAUUGUGAGUUGCCUGCCUUAGCUGUGUGCUGUACACUUGCACAUAUAUAUCCUGUUGGAGGUUUGCGGGUGAAGACAGCAAUUGAUUAUUUAAAAAAAAUUGUUUUGAACAAGGCAAUUUUGCUUCAAGUUAUAGCAAGAAAAGAUGGCAAGUAUACUGUAAAUAUUCAGAGUAUCGAAGCCUCAGAAAAUAUUGACGUUGCUUGUCUUAUUUCAUGAGCUGGAUAUGCAGAAUAUUGGAAAGUAGAACCAGAAUGUUCAAAAACUAUAAGUGAAUAUUCAGAGUUAAAAUCUGAAAACAAAGUUAAUGUUACGAAAGUCAUGUCUGCCCCUUUUGAAGGACCUAGACCUAAGAAGUACCAUUCAAAUAAGCUAAAAGAAAGUAACUUGUCUUUGAUAAAAUCCCAAGCUAUUAAUUUCUCAGAUUUAAAAAACCCUUUGAUUGUGGGAGCUGAGUCACCAUGGCCUUACAAAGUAUAUGUGUUUAAACCAGAAACAGUCCUUGAAGUUGAGUGUUCUUAUUUUUAUGGCCCAGGUGACUUUGCAUACCAACUCUGAUGUAAAUUAGAAGACUUAAACUUACAGGAACAACUUCAGAAUUCUUACAAUAUUCAUUCUGAUCCUUAUCAAAUUGGGCAGGUUGCUUGUGUUGCUAAGUAUUCUAAAGAUGGGAAGUGGUAUAGAGCUGCCAUUUUGACUCAAGUAUCAAAAAAAGAAUUUGACGUAGUAUUUGGUGAUUAUGGUUACCAGGAAAGAGUUUUAAUUAAAGAACUUUAUGCUAUUAACCCAUGUUUUCUUUUUUUAGAAGGCCAGGCUCUCAGAUGUAGUCUUAACCAUUUCGUUGAACCCGUUAGUUGUAAAUUACUAAGUUGGUACAGGAGAAGCAUGCAGAGACUUUGGAAUUUUACCUCUUCAUCUAAAAGGUUAUUGACUUGUGUCAUCUAUGCCUUAGUUCUUGUACAUCCAAACUGCUUAUAUAGUUUAGUGGAUUUACACUCUCCAUUUACCAGUGCAAAAGAAUUUCUUAUUAAUCAUGGUUCUGCACAAUACAUAUCAAAGCCAUUCCCAUCUUCAGUUAGUCUUUACAGUUACUGUUGUUCCUCCUUCAAUAUAAAAAUUGGAAGUGUGGAAAAGAUACAUAUCUCUCACAUGUAUAGUCAUAGAAAGUUUUAUUGCCAACUUAGUGGAAAUAAUAAAGCCCUAGAGAUAAUAGAAACAAAAAUAGAGAUGAGUAACCUCAGUGAUUGCCCCAAAUACGAUUUUAGUAAAAUGCGAUUGUGCAUAUCUAAGAAUGUAGAGGAUGGCCUCUCUUAUAGAGCUUUAGCAUUGCCAACAGAUUCAUUAUCUGACUUUCUGGUAUCUUUUGUGGACUUUGGAAAUACGCAGUUAGUAGAAGAACGUGUGUUAAGGGCCAUUUCAGAUGAGUUUGCAGAAUUGCUGUUUACACCUAUGCUAGCUGGUAAAUGUUUUUUGUCACAUCUUGGGGAUGUAGAUAUUCCAGCAGAAAGCAAUAGUUUGUUUGAAGAUAAUGGCUUGGGAAAACCAUUAAAGGCAAUAGUACUGUCAAGAGAGCCAGAUGGCCAGCUUGGUAUAGAAUUAUAUGAUGGCUAUCAACAUAUAAAUCAAAAAAUUAAAAUGUUGCUCCAUGCUUAUGGAAAAAAUUGUGACCAAGCACAUUGUGUGGAAAAAGGUCAUAAAACAAAUGAGAAUAAGAGACUUGCUGUUUCCUUGAAAGGCAAAAUAGAAAAUGGCUUUCACCAAAAUAUGAUAAAUAAAACUAGUGUAGUAACAUAUUCCGAAAGCCGAAUAGAAAUAAAUUCCGAAAGUAUAUAUGCCAGGCUUUUGAAAUAAUUAGUUUGCUACAAAGUUGAACCUGUGUCAGAAAACAAAGUGAAGAAGUCUUUGAAUGAUGGAAAAUGGAAAGGUGUAAAAAUUGUCCCUGGGUCUGCAUAUAUUCUUGAUCAAAGUGAUACGGGCCAGAACUCAGUCAGGGCUGUAUCACAGUCUUUUAUCAGAGACGUAAAUCAGGCAGCCUCACAAAAUCCAUAUAAUAUUGCUAGACCACAGAUCAAAGACCUUCCUCAACUCGAAGUUUACUUGAAUACCAGAGUUAAAGGAUACGUUUCUCAUAUCAGUAAUCCAGCAAAUUUCCAUAUUCAGCUUACUGAGAAUGAAAAUAUAAUCACAGACUUGCAGAUGCUCUAAUUGAAAGGAGAAACAAUAUGUUCAAAGAGAAAAAAAUCAGUUAAAUCUAUGGUGGGAGAUCUUGUAGUAGCAGAAUACUCUGGUGAUAAGGUCAUUUACAGAGCUGUUAUUAAGAUUUUGCCGGGAGAUUCUUUUGAAGUGGAAUUUAUUGACUAUGGUAACACUGAAGUAGUAACUGCAUCUAAAAUUUAUGAAACUAAGGAGGAAUUCCCAACUAUUCCUCAGCUAGGAGUCCAUCUUAGUGGAAUAAAGUGGAAUGAGCCUGAUAAAAUAUGGGAUAGCAAAACUGUUGAUUAUUUUGCUUCAAGAGUAAGAAACAAGAUAGUUUCUUGUGAGUUUUUGAAAAAGCAUGAGCAGAAAUGGGAAGUAAAUCUAACUGAUGAAAAAUGUGUCAUUAAUGAAUUACUGAAGGACAGUAUUUCAAAGCUACAGAAAACAGUCUUGUAAAUUUCUCAGGUUGUGGCUGAAAAGGUGUGCCCUGUUAAUGAAAUGAAGGAAGGACGAUCAAAUGACUAUGAAGGUUCUGUGAUUCUUCAGCCAUCGUACCAACAGGUGGUUAAUAUUCCUUUGGAAAAGUUAAAACCAUGACAACUUGAAAAGGCUGAAAUACUUGUUUCAAAAAGUGGGACAUUCUAUGUGAAUUUAUCUAAAAAGAAAAAGAUUUUAUCUGAUUCAGCAGUAUUAAUUACUAAAGAAGCCAAAAAACCCUCUAUUUUAUCAGUGAAAGAUCCUGAAAAAGGCUUAUUAGAAUGCUUGGAAAAAUCUAAAAAAACUUUGAAGUGGUAUGGCUCAAAAGUAGAAAAAAUGAUGAGAAGGUGCUUGGUUUUUUUAGUAGAUCAUGGUUGGUAUGAAAUAGUGCCUUUAUGUAAUACCAGGGUGCUUAGUAAUGAAAUAAAUAUUCCAAGACAAGCCGUGCCUUGUAAAUGGAUUUGGUUUGAAAAUUUUAGAAACAUGCCAUUCGAGUCCAUUGUGUGUUUCUGUUUUGCUCAUUUGGAAAUAAACAUCCUUUUCUUGAAAUGUUUAGACUCUGCCUGGAAAGUAGAAAUUUUUAUAGAUGGCUGUUUACUUUUGGAAUAUUUGAAUCUGAAUACAGUUCAUGUUGAAGAAACCAAAAACAAAUCUUCAGGAAUCAUUUUCAGCAUUGAAUCUAAGACUCCCGUGUCAUGAUGUACAACAAGAUCACUUACUCGGGCACAACUCCAAAAUGGUGUGCAGUACUCUGGUAUUGCCGCUACUGUUUCUGAUCCAUCAGACUUCUGUGUUGAGUUGAAGAUGUCUUUGAUGCAGUGAAGUCUCUUUAUGUUGCUUUCUGAUUUACCAGAAAACUUACAAACAGUACCUCAAGAGCAUGUAAUUCCUGGUUCUGGUUGUUUGUUCAAAUAUGGAUUGGAAGAUCAAUGGAAUAGAGUAGAAAUUUUUGAAAAUUCUGAUCAGUUAUUACUUCUUACAUUGAUUGACUAUGGAUUUUAUGUUCACAUACCUUAAUUCAGAUACAAAAAAAUCUUAGUUGUUCCUGAGGAACUUUUGAAUUUUCCAAGACUGAGUUAUCCUUGCAGUUGAUUUGGUAUCUUACCUGUUGAAGGGAAACAUUGGAAUGAAGGAGCCAAAAGUGUUUUUCAAUAUUUCCUGAAUAAACCAGGCUUGGUUUUUCAGCUAAGGGAAUAUAAUUUUGAAACAAAACUGAAGGUAGAUAUCAUUCAUGAGAAAAACAAUUUGGCUGAUAAAUUAGUUGCAUCUGGUCUGGCAAUUUAUUCUAAAGAUUCAGACCAUCUCCAUGCGUUGACUACUACUGGAUCUACUAAAAUUCAAUAUAAAUUAAUGAAUAAGCCUAUUUGUUGA